AGCUGAGAUACAGCCUGUCAACAUCAGCGUCGCUGGCCGGUAGACACAAACAAAGAGUGCGAUUGCACGCGUAUGCAAACGAGAAGGUGUAAAUUCCCUGUAAAAUCAAAAUUCUGCCCUUCCACGUCAUGGCAGAGCAUUCGAAUUCGCUCAAAAUUUCCUGCAACUGGAGGAUCACUAAUGAGAAGAAGAUUAAAAACGCUGUCACUCUCAUAGAUUCGUCAAAGAUUGUUGACAUAGAUGAAAUCGUGACUCUCGACUCGUGCAUUGCCUUGUCUCGGCAGGACGAAGCCGAUCAGCUUGAAGUGUCUGUCGAGCUCACUGAUCCGAAAAUUAGCAUCAAAAGCGUUUGGAUAGUCUCAGAGGCGAAGGUGCUGGAGCUGUUCGGCCGGCUCGGCGAGUACGAAAGCACCACAAAUGCAGUCAACACUGACGAUUGCGACGACGAAGACGAAAUGCAGGUUUACAGAGCGAAACUAGCGCCGAAAACGUCAACAAGAAAAUGCUCCAUUAGAUUUGCAGGGGCAGCAAGGCGCAAUGAGAUGUGGAUUUUAGGAAUGGGAAUCGUCGUCGAGCCUUGUUCGGUGCUCAACGAAAGCGUCUCCAUGGCUGAGAGAGUGGAAAAUAUUUUACUUGACUCCAAAGUGCCUCUGACGAAAAACGCCGAGAGUUUCAAAGAAAUUGUCAUGAGCCAACCGAGCUUCCAGAGUAACGUCUACUGUCCUGGAGGUGAAGCAACUCUGAACGCUGACAAAAUGUACUUGAUGCAAGUCGAGGAGAAAAUUACUCAAUAUAUUGACGCGAAAUUCGCGCACCUUGAGGAAAAGAUUGAUAAGAAAUUUGAUGAGAUUUUGAAAAUUUUGCAGAAAUAAAUAAUGAGUUUGAAUGGAA